CCCGCCCCCCUCCUAGCCAAGAUGGCGGAGAGCCUGCCGGAGCAUGAGCGGAUCCUGCAGGAGGUCGAGAGCACCGAGACGGCCUGCGUGGGACCCACCUUGAGGUCUGUCUAUGAUGACCAGCCAAACGCACACCAAAAGUUUAUGGAAAAAUUGGACGCAUGUAUACGUAAUCAUGACAAAGAGAUUGAAAAAAUGUGCAAUUUUCACCAUCAAGGAUUUGUGGAUGCCAUCACGGAACUUCUUAAAGUAAGGGCUGAUGCAGAGAAACUGAAGGUCCAAGUUACUGAUACAAACAGAAGACUUCAAGAAGCUGGGAAAGAGGUGCUAGCUCAGACAGAGGAAGUCAUCCAGAGUAGACUCCAGCAGAGGAAUAUUACGACCGUGGUCGAAAAACUUCAGUUGUGCCUUCCAGUAUUGGAGAUGUACAGCAAAUUAAAAGAGCAGAUGAAUGUCAGAAGAUAUUAUUCUGCUCUAAAAACAAUGGAACAGCUAGAAAACAUAUACUUCCCUAGAGUUAGUCAAUAUCGGUUUUGCCAAAUCAUGAUAGGGAACCUUCCAAAGCUUCGCGAGGAAAUUAAAGGGAUUUCCAUGUCAGAACUGAAGGACUUCCUGGAGAGCAUCCGGAAACAUUCAGAUAAAAUUGGUGAAAUGGCAAUGAAGCAGGCACAGCAGCAAAAAAGUUUUAACACCGCUCUUCAGAAGCAGAGCAGUCUCUGUUGUGGAAAGAACAUAUACGUCAGCAGCAACGGGAUUGCAGAAGCAAGGAGCGAAGUAGUUUCAAAGCAAACUCUAGAGGACGAAGAAGAAAACGAAGAGGAGGUUUUGACUGCUCACGAUCUGGUAGAUUUUUCUCCUGUGUAUAGAUGCCUACAUAUUUAUUCAGUUCUGGGUGACGCAGAAACAUUUGAAAACUACUAUAGAAAACAGAGGAGGAAACAAGCGCGACUCGUUCUGCAGCCACAGUCCAACAUGCAUGAAACAGUAGAAGAUUACAGAAGAUACUUCAGUCAAAUUGUAGGGUUUUUUGUCGUUGAGGAUCACAUUUUACACGCAACCCAAGGAUUAAUCACGAGAGCUUACACGGAUGAACUUUGGAACAUGGCCCUUUCCAAGAUUAUUGCUGUCCUUAGAACUCAUUCGUCCUAUUGCACUGACCCUGAUCUCGUUCUGGAGCUGAAGAACCUGAUAGUUGUCUUCGCGGAUACUUUACAGGGUUAUGGAUUCCACGUCAACAGACUCUUCGAUCUUUUACUUGAAAUAAGAGACCAGUAUAAUGAGACGCUUCUUAAAAAGUGGGCUACCUUGUUCAGGGAUAUUUUUGAAGCAGAUAAUUAUAGUCCAAUUCCUGUAUCAAAUGAGGAAGAGUACAAACUUGUGAUUAGUAAAUUUCCUUUUCAAGAUCCAGAACUUGACAAGCACCGUUUUCCAAAGAAACUUCCAAUGUCACAGUCAGUGCCUCAGAUUUAUAUCCAGGUUAAAGAAUUUAUUUAUGCAAGCCUUAAAUUUUCAGAGUCACUUCAUCGGAGUUCAACAGAGAUAGAUGACAUGCUCAGAAAAUCUACAAAUUUAUUGCUGACCAGAACUUUAAGCAGUUGUUUGCAAAACCUCAUUAAAAAACCUCACAUAGGUUUGACAGAGCUGGUGCAAAUUAUCAUAAAUACAACGCAUUUGGAACAGGCUUGUAAAUAUCUUGAAGACUUUAUAACUAACAUUACAAAUAUUUCCCAAGAAACUCUCCACACAGCAAGACUGUAUGGUCUUUCGACGUUUAAGGAUGCACGACAUGCUGCUGAAGGGGAGAUUUAUACAAAACUUAACCAGAAAAUUGAUGAAUUUAUCCAGCUUGCUGAUUACGAUUGGACAAUGAUUGAGCCUGACGGGAGAGCUAGUGGCUAUUUAAUGGAUUUAAUUAAUUUCUUAAGAAGCACUUUUCAGGUUUUUACUCAUUUGCCUGGAAAAGUAGCACAGACCGCCUGUAUGUCGGCAUGCCAACAUCUCUCAACGUCCCUGAUGCAGAUGCUGUUGGAUGGCGACUUGAAACAGAUCAGCAUGGGAGCUAUUCAGCAAUUUAAUUUAGAUGUCAUACAGUGUGAAUUGUUUGCAAGUUCUGAGCCUGUACCUGGAUUCCACGGAGAAACUUUGCAAUUAGCAUUCAUCGACCUCAGACAAGUAAGAAGCUAUUUAUUUUAUUUUAUUUUAUUUUAUUUGGCUCCUUUUAAGAACACCCAACUAAUUCCAGUUGUUUCAAGUCAAUUCAGUUCGAAAUUGUCUAUAUAAUGCUUAUUUGUAUUU